AUGACGACAGCUCACAGGCCGACAUUCGAUCCGGCCCGAGGCAAAGAAGCCCUCCGCGGACCAGCAUACCACCAACGUCUACUCCCGGCCUACACACAACUCAAAUUCCGCCAACCCGGCCAAGGCGGCGAAUCCGGCAGCACCACCCGCGACCUGCGCGCCGAACUCGAAGCCGCCGAAGCCUCGCACUACGCCAAGCUCAAGGGGGCUCCCAUUCCCGGCGAGGAUGAGCCGCAGAGCACAAACAACAAGCGACCCCUCGCAUUAACAGCCGACGGCUCACUCGCCGAAGAAGGAGCAGAACAAGGAGAAGAAGACCCCGACGCCAAACGCCGGCGCGUCCUCGCCGAGACGCGCGACAUCGACGCCGACGACAGUGAUUCCGACGGCGGGUCCAACGCCGGCGACAAUGCAGACGAUGACGACGACGACGACGAUUCCGACGACAGCGACGACAGCUCGGACGACGAAGACGCCGAGCUACAGCGGGAGUUAGAGCGAGUCCGGCGCGAGCGACAAGAGAAGCGCGAGGCGGAGGAACGAGCGCGGCAAGCGGCGGAGCAGGAGGAGCGCGAGCGGGAUAUUGCGCUGGGGAAUCCGCUGUUGAAUAAUAGUAAUGACCAGGGCCGGAAGGCGGCGGAUUUUCAGAUGAAGAGACGGUGGGAUGAUGAUGUGGUGUUUAAGAAUCAGGCGAGGGGCACGGAGGAGAAGGGGAAGAGGACGGAGUUUAUUAAUGACCUGUUGCGGUCGGAUUUCCACAAGCGGUUUAUGAACAAGUAUGUGAGGUGA